AUGUCUCUUUCGAAGGAUACUACCUCACCAGCUGCAUUAUCACCCAGGGUGGCUGGUUUAUCACUCUCUCCUACACACUAUGAUACCACCAGCCAGUCCGCGCUCCAUCCUCUCAACACCGGCCAUGAGAUACCAGAGGAUCAAGAUAGGAAUGAGAGCGGAGAUGGAGAUGGCGCUCAAACAAAGGAGGAACUAGAAGAUGUCUCUGUUCCCGCCCGGCCUCCGUUUAGGCCGUUUUUUACUGUUAUCGGGGAUGCAACCUCGUCUGAGUAUUACCAUCCAACAGUUCACUAUAUAUUCUCCGAUGAUGAUACCGGUAUCAUAACGGAAGCUGCUCUCCAGUCACUAGAGGAAACCAAUCAAAGAACUUCCUGGGACACGGAGUCGACGCCCCAAAAAGACAAGAAGAAAGGGAAAGCCGCUCAAGGGACCAAGAACGCUGCUGAGCGCUUCAUUAUCCUCGACGUGGAACCAACGAAUAAUGCCAGUGAUACCACUGCCGGGACUGGUACUUUAAGUAGCGAUCCUCAGAAUACAUCUGGCCGCCCUAAUCUCUCUCAUGGCUUUCCGGAUUCCAAGGUAACAUCAGCCCACAGCCUAUCACCUUCCUGGCAAGUCAUUAAUACGACUAUCUCCCCCGCUCCCAAUUUCGAUUCGUCUUCCAAUAGCCCUACUUCGACAAAUCGCGAUGGCAACCCCGUACUCAUGGUCGAAGGUACCUCUGGUUUUGCUCCUGAUAAUACGGCCGGGAGACAGCAGACUCAACAAGGCCAGACGCAAACAUUGGAAGAAAUGAUGGACCAAUUUUCUAAGCGCAUGGCGGAACUGAAGAAGGUCGUUGAAGCAAGUGGUGACCACUCAUUUGUGCCGAUGGCAGAACACAUGGAACGGAGGGAAGAUGGACAAGAGGAGAAAGAACAGGAUCAAAGCUAA